GUGAAGGGAAGAUCAGUUGAGGUAAAGCGAAGAUUAUAUCAAGUGGACUUGACAAGUGCGAGAAUGAGUCAGUAGCGUUUUUGGACAAAGUGAUAAAUGGACACCCACGGGGUUUAGGAGCAGAACCUGGCUGUCCAAGAUACUGAGGGUAUCACUUGGAGUUGGAUAAUCAAAGUGCCACAUUCACAGCAGUGAUGGAGUCCAGCCGACCGCCUGUAGGGAAGAGAAUGAAGGCACGUGCCCCUCCGCCACCACAGGUCCCUGAACCUGCCCCACGCCACAUCUUCAGGAACGCUGUGCCUGACGGGGGAGGCACAGGAGGCAUGGAUGCCAAGGAGAACGUGCUGAGGCCCACCGUGGAUAUACACCUCACCCUACCACAGGGAUUCCAGACAACUGUCACUGAAGAUGGCAGUAAGGCGCUGAUGGACCUACUGGUUGAGCUGUGUAGCUGCUACCACCUGAAUCCGGCUCUGCACACCCUGGAGCUGCUGUCGCCUGAGGGACACCCUCUGGGUUUCAAGCCCAACGCGCUGCUGGGCUCCCUGAAUGUGGCCUGCGUCCUCAUCAAGGAGAAAGUCUGGGAGGAGAAAGUGGUGCGCAGACCAGCACCUAAAGUGCCAGAGAAAACAGUGCGCUUGGUGGUGAACUACCACCGCAACCAGAAGGCAGUGGUACGGGUCAACCCAUUGGUACCGCUUCAGACUCUGCUGCCGGUCAUCUGUGACAAGUGUGAGUUUGACCCGGCACAUGUUCUGCUGCUAAAGGACAGCAUCAGCCGCCACGAGUUGCCGCUGGACAAGUCUCUGACCCAGCUGGAGAUCAAGGAGCUCUACGUGCUCGACCAGAGUCUGGUUCUCCAGCCUAAAAUGGCUUCUGCCCCUGCUCUUAACUACUCAGGCUCCAUCUGCUCCAGUACUACCAGUGUACGUGGGGCAGAGAAGAAAGGCCUUCUGGGAAUCUUCAAGUUCAGCAGGAGGAAAUCUAAGACUGAGGAGACAUCUAUGGACAUGGAUGACACUGAUGAUAAAGUAGUACAAAAUACAGACACACACUCCAGUGGUCUGUCUUCAGUGUCCAUGGUCCCUUGUGUAGAGGCUCGGCCCAGCACCUUGGGCCAGUCCCAGUCAGUCAUGAACAUCUCCAGGAUGUCUCCCAAGACUGAAACUAAGAAGAGGAGGGCCCCAGCACCGCCAGGAGCUCCGACACCAACCUUUGGACACUACAGCUUUGAGGGCUGCCAGGUUGGCCUUGGCUCUGAAAGCCAGCAGAGGAAAAGAAAGGCUCCUGCCCCUCCCCCAACCCCUGCCUCCAUCACCCCAGGCCCUGAUGACACCUCAGCCUCUGCUACUCCCACCCCCAAUAGCCAUACUGAAGCACCUAUACCAGCCUCCCGUUCCAAGCUGGUGCAGCCAACCGCAGUCUCUACUGCCACGGUGGUAACGCAAACAAGCCGGGCCUCCCAAAAAACAGUGGUACAAGUCACGCCUGUGUCCACUGACACCCCAAUCCCCGACUCCCCCACCCCGAGCAGCACCACCAUCGACAGCCUGCCCAUCCAGGAUUCCAGCUCCGAGCUCAGCCACAGCAUCGAUGACUCUGAUGUGGAUCCAGCCGGUUUCACCAGCAGCAGCAGCACAGUGGGCAUGGCCACACCUGCACGGGCCCAGCUCACUGCCACAAGCUCCGCCCCCAGCAGCAGGAUGGAGGAAUCAGAGCAGGUCAGCAGUGCCGACCAAUCAGAUCAAGAGGCCACUGCAGCGGGAAGCUCGGGAUCAGAGACAGAAUCAUCUGUCAACCUGAAAUUGGAUGAAGUUGAGAAUAACAGACACAGUGCCAUUGGUAUUGCUGAUCGACCAGCACCGCCCAAACCGCGUCGCAGUCCAGCUCGGGAACCUCCACAGCUUGUUCUCCCCCCUUCCCAAUCCACUCCUCCUAUGUCCUCCCCUCCCCUAGAGCCCUCAGGCACCAACUCCCCACGGAGCUCCAUGGAGGUGGAGGCAGCAGCUCCCCAGUCCUGGCUCCACUCCCUGCAGAGGUCCGUAGCCGACGGCAACACCCCAGAACCUGAUGUACCCGAGGAGGAGACUCUGUCGGUGGGCAGCAGCAGUGGUGGGAGCAGCCUGCCCGACCAGGGUUAUGCUGCCUCCGAGGGCAUGGCUGAGGGCGAGGACUCUGGCCUGGUCAGCUCUCCCUCAGAUACCCAGCCCACUUCCCCAGAUGGCAGUUUAUCUUUGGAUGGAAGCAGUGGAGGUGGAGGAGAGAGAGUGCCGGGACCAGUACGGGACAAUUCCAGUGACAGCGAUGAGGGAUGCGCAACCUGGGGAUCGAGACACAGACACAAUGGCAUCAGCUCAAAGGAGAAGUCAGGCAGGUUAAAGGACAACUAUGAAGAUGACCCUGAACUCACAGCUCAGCUUCAUCAGACUUUGGCAGAUUUUGAGGCGGACCUUGCAGAGAUCAGCCACAUGGAUAUUGUCUCAGUGAAAGAGACUCUCUAUACCCUAUCCACAGACAGUAAUGAUGUGCCAGUGUCUGUGGUAGACAUGGACGUGCCAGUCACAGCCAUAGAUGAAAUACUAGAAGAUUAUGGAGACAACACAUCACACAGUGAAGCAAAGCCACUGACCAGGACCCAGUCAGGUGCCAGCAAAGGUAAAGGCCCAAGCAUUUGUCACCAGGCUAAUGGAGAGGUACAGAACAAAAACAACAAUGCUUGUACAGCUGGUGGCAGCAGUGAAAGCAGCAGUGCAAAUACACAGCAGCCAUCUCAGUCUGUGCAGCACAGGAAAUCUCUGGAGUCUAUGAAUGAAAGAGUGAAAGACCAGAGACAGACCAACACUCUGAAAGAGGAAAAACAAAUGGCAUCAGCUUUAAAAUCUAAUGUUGAUGUGCAGAAAAAAAGGGAGAACACUCAGCUCAAACCCGGUCUCAUGAAAAGCAACACUCUCAACUAUCAAGAGAAGAAACACAGUCUGUCACCAAAUGAUCAGAGAUCAGCGCCUACAAAAGAAGAGGAGAUUCCUGUUUACAGAAUCCACCAAAAUGACACCAGCACUACCACCUCACACAGCAAAAUCACUCACAACUCGACAUCACGCUUUGGUAUGAAAACUUUCACUGUGGUCCCUCCCAAACCCUCUGUCACCCAUGCUGUGACAGUAAAGCCAGCUGUCACUGUAACCACAGGUGCCAUUAAGAUUGAUGAGCAAGGAAACAUGGUGAAACUGGGGAUGUCCCGCAACAAAUUUGGUGGUUCAUCAGAGUCAAAUAUUAAUUGCAAAGAUGGUUCUCCUCUUCUUGGAAAAGCCAAAGCCUUCUGGAGUUCAAAUGAAAGACAGGAAAGUGCUUUAGCUCACAGCAGAGAUCCUACUGAGAGGACCAAGGAGAACACUGAUGGCCUGAAACACACUUACACCACUAUGUCAGAAGCUACAGUGAAGACUAAUAAGACUGGGAACCUGAAAAUGACAGAAACUACAUCAUAUGAACCUGCAGAGAAGUCCAAAUCUGAAGUGAUAGUUAAAGAAAAAGCAAAAGAAACAGUGAAGGAGGUCCCUGAAGUUACAAAGGAGGAACGGGUAGACGUGGAGAGCAAGGUUUCAGUGUCCAAACGCAUACAACAGCCAAGUGAUAAACCUCCCCUUCCUCCUACUCUCCUUCAAGACCAAAAAAGAGACCUGUCUUUCCUCAAGCCAUCCAGACGAACCUCCAGCCAAUAUGUGGCCUCUGCCAUCAGUAAAUCUACCCCAAAGACUUUGGCAUGUCCCAGCAGCAUUCCUAACAUCCCCGAGUCAUCUAGUUCUCUGAAAACACAGAAUUUCACCUUUCAGAAGGAGGGUCGAUCCAUCCAUGUGAAUCCACACCAGUUUUCUCAUUCAUCUUUAUCAAAUGAUAAAGAGAUCAGUUCUGGUUCUUUGUCCCACCCUCCUGGUCCCAAGAGGUCUAUGAGCUACCCUGAGUAUAUGCCAGACAGACACAGAGAUCCUGAAGAGCUGAAACAGGACAGGGGAGAAAUUGUUAGUUGUCUUAGGUCCACAAAUGGAAGCUUUAGGACUCUAGAAGCAGAAACAGCCAACACUAAGCUUAUACGACCUAGUAGCCCCAGUCAAAUAAACGUGACUACAAGUGAAGGGCAAGAUAACAUUAAAUAUAUCCAGGCCAGAAGCCCCAGCCCUACACAGAUCAGUCCUCUGCACACCCCUCCUCCACUGUCACCUACCACACAGGCCACAGCCUUCAAGACAGCUUCCCGAGCCCAGACCAACAGAGAAAAGAGCAGCACAGGACCUCUUCCAGCACUGGCUAAGAAACCAGAACCUUCUGUUAUUGUGUCUGAUGACACUGUGCUCCCUGAGCCGCAGCAGGUGACAGUGUUUGGGCCGGUAAAAAAGUUCAGGCCGGUGAUCUGUAAGUCUGUUCAGAAAGACACAUGUCUCCACAGCAGCCUGAUGGAGGCCAUUCAAACAGGAGGAGGCAAAGACAGGCUCAGGAAGAUAUCUGGUUGUGGUCCCAGCAGCUUGAAGAAACCAUCUUAUGUUGAGGAAGAAAAUGAAAGGUCUUCCCUACUGGCUGCUAUCAGAGACCGGAGCAACUCUGGAAGGCUAAGGAAGACCAAAUCCGAGGCUGCCGAUGAGCUCGAGAAGUUCAGGAAGGCAGCUGCAGAGGAGAAUGAUGCAGGCCCUCCCACUUCUCCUUCAACUCCCUCUUUAUCCUGCCUUUCCUCCUCACUCAUGUCUCCUGCCUCCACCCAACCGUCAUCACCACCACCAACUGCCCAGAAUGGACCUCCACCACCACCCCCACCCCCUGUACCACCCCAGGUCAAGCCCAGUGUUGUGCUGCACACAGUUGGCAACACUCACAUGGACCCUGCUGUAGCCAGGGAGGCCAUGCUGGCAGCCAUCCGCUCUGGAUCUGCUGCUGAGAAGCUCAAGAAGAUUGCAGCCCCCAUAAAGACAGUCCAAGUGAAUGGCAGACUGGGGACGAUCCAGGCAACCUCCUCAACACUUCCUCAGAAAUAAAUGGGGAUGGCCACAUGACCACACAGAGAAAUGAUUCUCAGACUUUUUUUUUUUUUUUGCCAUUGUGCUUUUGCAGCAGUAGUUCUGGGAAUUUGCUUGAAUCUAAUUUUGAGUCAAGGUUAUUUGGCUAUUCAAAGCAACUUGCUGGGGCCUUAUAAUCUAGCUAAUAGGCAAUUUAUUCAGAUUUAAUAAAGGGACUCUUAGGCAUGGAAAUAAUUUUCCUUCACAUUUUCUGUUGAAAUCUAUUGUUAUAGGGAGAAGUUUAAUAAUUUCUUCUUACAAGUGGAACAAUGCUUUGUCUUGAAUUGCUCUCUGUAGCCAAACAACACUAGAAACCUCUCACUGGUAAAGCCGUGAGAGGUGAAGAGUUUGAAAUUACUACAGCUUAAAAAGUAAGUUCUUUUGCAUAGCUUCUGACAUUUGCUUGAUUAAAAUGUGUUUGUGUGCGUGCGUGCGUGCGUGCGUGCGUGCGUGCGUGCGUGCGUGCGUGCGUGCGUUUGUAAUGCUUUCACUGGGGCUAAAAUCUGAUUCAGUUUUGGUUUCUUGGCUUCAAAAAGGAUUUAUUCCAUUAUUCAUUGCUUCAGUGCAAUGCUGUACGGUUCAUCUCAAUACAAUAUCUCUGUUCCUUUAUAUAUCUUGCCAUCUGUACUUGAAUUGAUUAGUUCUUAUAACUGGAAAGGUGUACAAAGCAAGUGCCAAUGUGUUUUUUUGAAGUUUAAAUGAAUUGUGGAUGCUACCUUCAGAUCAUAUUUGCUUUUGUUUUGAUCAUUUUAUUUGCUUCCAGCACAGAUUUAACACAUCAAGUUACGAAUGCCUUAUGCCGUUGCUCACUCAGUGUUAUGUAUAUGAUGUUUGCUGUAAAUAUUCCAUAUGGGGUGCAAUAAGACCUGAUAAUAUUACCAGAUUUGGGCAACAUAACCUUUGCUUUGGAUAAAACAACUAAAAUGAUUGAAAAGUACAAUUAAAGAACAUUUAUAGAGAAAACAAGUUAUAACUCUAGUCACAAUGUUUAUAUUUUUGAGAAACCGUAUUAUUUUGCCCAGAUCUGUUCCAUAAUGCCAACUUCUACAAUAUUUGGCUCUGAAGAGCAGUGAAAUGGUGGUGACUAACUAGUGCCUGCCGGCUCAUUCUGCUCCAUGUUUGGCUUCUAGCCCUCUUUAAUGCUGCUGUUUAAAAUGUACAUACAUUGUCAUACGCAGUCAGCGCCCACAGAACACUUUCUUUUCGAUUGCCGCUGGUGCACUUUUAAUGUUUUACAAUGCAAUUAUCAUUGGUUUGACUUCAUCCCAGGCCGGUGACACAUUUAUUUACACAUGGGAGUGAGUAUCCCACCACCUCCCAAAAAUAUGGCGCAAUUGAUAUUUCGUUGUUUUUGCUGUACAGUGAUGUUGAUCAUGCCUUUGAUGUUUUAUAUAUGACAUAUAGAGAGAGAUUAAGACUAACCAAUCACCCGCCUUUGACAUUUCAAAGCAUUUUUGAAGCACUGCUGUUUGAAGUGUGUUAUUGGUGGACACCACCAUGAACAAAGAGAUUAGUUUAUUAACCAGCCAGCCGUGGCUAUAUAACACAAACUAGCUGUUGUAGGAGUGUGUCAGCAGUAAUUCAGGCUCUCUGUGGCCUUGGUUUGGGCAGGGGUUGGCACAUUUCAUUCUGUUGCUCUUUAUGUAAAGCUUAUAGAAUGAAGUAGCUGUGAUUGAGAGAAAAGUGUGUCUCUGAGAUUAAAUGCUGUAAUAUAUUUAUGAAGUAGUAUGAUAGCACUGAAUCAUCUUUAGACUGAGGACCUGAGUGAUAGACCCUAGAGCGCCCAUAUUUAAAUGUGUACAUUGUACACAUUGUAUGCUUGCUGCUGCAUAUUGUUAUACAUAUAUAUAUCAAAGUAAUGGGACGUCUAUUCCUAGUUUCGUAGGAAUAUAUUUCAAGUCAUGCCCAGUUUCAGCACUCAAAAAAUAAUGGUGACAUUGUACCAGUUUUUCUGAGAGUGAAACUUUUCUUUGCCUUAUGGGGAGGCUCAUUUCAUUUCUGCUAAAUUCUGUCAUUUACACACUACAGCGUGUCUCAGCGUUGUAUAUUUUGUAAACUAAACAAUCAUCACAGUGAUAGAUCUGGUUUAAAUGGUAUGUUGAUAGAAUGAUGUUAUAAUGAUGUAGCGUGAGAGUUUUAUAAGCUAUUGCUUUUUAAGUUUCAAGCACACAUUGUUUUGUUUUGUUUUUUGGGAAGGUUGCACACUUGUUAUUUUUGUCUACCUAAUUUUUGAUUCAAUAAAUGAUUUUGUAAUCAAGCAAGAA